CACAGGUUAUGAGCCCUCGUGGCAUCAUUUUAUCGUCAAAAAACCACCGCUUUCAUCAGUUUUUCGAUAAAAACUCCCCUCACACACUGAUAUCCUUGAUAUCAUCAUCUUUUAAAGCUUCUUUUUCACUACACGGAAGGUAGGGAAGCCUCCGAGGCGUUCUCGCCGGCUUGGCACCCAAGCCCGACCCCUAUCAUUCGUCCUCCCACCACGCGAGCGGCGUGGCACCCACCCUACGAUGUCAUCAUCAAACGACCCUUUUGACAUCGACGUUUCCAAAGCCGUUCCAAAGCUUAAGGGCCAGUCUAAUUGGCUAUCCUGGCAGAGAAAUUUACGCAAUUAUCUAAGAUCCAAGACUCCGGAAGCCUGGGAAUUGCUUCAGGGCAACCAUCUGCUUCCUGAGGAACCUGGUCUAUAUCCAGAAGGCCACGACGAGAAUAUUUAAAUCCUUGCCGCUCGUGCGUCCGAAAAUGGGGCUAUCCCUACGCAGGAAGACCUCCAACGUAGCAUCGAGGAAGCUAAACAAAGGAAUCGCGCCUUAAUAGCUACAUACAACAGUGAUGUACGUAAGUGGAAUCAGCUGAACUACUCAGUUCUUGUUAUUCUGGGUGCUACGUGCGAGGCCAGCCCUGCAGCACGUUUCCAGAACUGUGAUACAGCCACGGAGGCAUACAAACUUCUUCAACAAGCCUACGAGACCGCCAGCUUCGCUACUACCGUUCGUCUCUAUAACAAGUGGGCGUCGAUACGUUACAACGGCACAAAUAGUCAAGAGUCUUUUCUUACCAAGUUCGCGGAUGCCCUCAACGAGCUACGCGGCGUCAAGGCGGUUGACGAUGAAACCGAACUUCUGCAGUUCUUCACUGCAAUACAGGAC